UCCCUAGUGGAGGAGGAGGGCCCGUGAUUUCACCAGGAAACAGGAGGGGGGAGACUGCUGCUGGGAGCCACAGGGACUGAGUCACCGAGGCGCAGAGGCGAGCGGUGCAGCAGCGGGAGUGACCGCCGGGGCGGAGGUGCAGGAGGAUCCGCCGCUGCCCGGGCGUGCGCGCCGGGCUGGCGCUUCCCUGGAGCCCGGGUUGGGGCGCGCAGCGGGGGGACAGGGAGAGCCGCUCCUCCGCCCGGGCGCCGGGAGCAUGGAGGAGGCAGGCGGGCGCCUGGAUGCGCGGUACGAGCGCCUGGCGCUGGACACGGCGCUCAGCACCCUGCUGGCCGUGCUGCUGUACGUGGCGGUGAAGUUCUCAGAUGACUUUAUAAGGAAGAGUUUAGCCUCUGAGUGGCCACAAAUAAUUGUGAUAGCAGAUGGAUCCUGCGGAGAAUCAAGCUCAGUUCUUGGAAUCAGUCCAGAUUACAUUGUGGAAUCCUGUAAUGGUUAUGGAGCAAAUGCAGCUAUUGAGAGGCGUGAUCAGAGACAGGUGCCAACUCCAGAGAUCCGUGCUCACAGUCUAUAUUUUGAUCUCUCUGCUUAUGGAAUGGAUAUAUCUUCCAUGGGUAAGGAAUCUCUGAAGCCAGGAUUUCAUCUGAAAAUCUAUGGGACAUUCCGUAAUCGAUACAUGGCUUUGGCAUGUCCAGCUUCUGAUUCCAAAGUUGUUAGAUUUCUACGGCAUACUCUCAAUUCCUCAAUAAUGAAGAACAUAUUCCACCAAUCUUUCAAUGCCUACAAGAUGGAUAUUGAACCCAGGGUGAAUGAAUUGACUCUACAUCAUGUCCAGUGUAGUAGAAGACUCUUUGAGAUCAUGCUUUCUCAUAGGAGGGUUACAGCAGCCUUUAUUGAAGGGGAUAAUGUAGUGGUCACUGUCGAAGGAGAAGCAGCCAGAGUGCUGAAUUUUGACACUGGCUGUGGUGUUAAUCUUGGAUUGAGAGGCUUGGAAUCCUUGGAAGAAUUACUUUACAGGGUUGCUACAGCAGUGGAUCAGAAUGAUAUCUUUGAAGCACUGUCUGCCAAGAUACGACACUCCAAGCAAGUGUCAGAGGAUUUUAAGCAGAAUGGAUUAUUUACCACAGUUUUUGAAUAAACAGGUGGAAGGAACGCAAUGCAGCACUGUGGAGAUAUAGACCUAUUUAUAGGACAAACAAAAUGAGUGGUAACUGCAAAAAAAUCCAGGACCUCAAAUUCAGCACAGCUGUUUAAAACUUAAAGGGACCUGCUCAACCUUUUUAGGAUCCAAAGUCACUUUCCCACCCCCACCCCCCCAAUGGAGGAAUUGAUGUUCUUUUUGCUGAUCCUACAGUCCUUGCUUCAUGGACCGGUCUGGGUGACUUCACUGGGAUGCUCAUGUGAUACCGGGCUGCAGGGUCAAGCCCUUGAUUGGGGAAAAAAAAUUAAGUGGCCUCAGCUUUUCCUCUGAGAUUGUGGUCCAGCUCCUAUUGAAAUUAUUGGCAAACCUCCCUCCGAUUCCAGAGGUGCAAGCCCCAGUUCUGCAAUGUGAUGCACAGGGGCAGAUCCUUGGGCCCACAUGGAGCCCCACUGAAAUCACAGCUUAAUCUCAGAUGACUGGUUGAAAACUCAUGUAUCUAUUUCCUACUCCGGGGUAAUACAAAUGAGAUGAGAGUAAUGCUGGUAGAUAGGGGAAUAAAUCUGGAUGAGGUGGCAAAGGGUUUGGGUGCUCUCUUGAGAGAUGGUGUGUCCCCCACUUGUCAGAAUUUGCAGUUUAAGGGUAGGGUUAAAUUCCCGGCUGCUCUAAGAGAAUCAAGUAGUAGUGGCCAAAACAUCAUUGUAAAGACUGCAACUGUUUCCUUCAGGCGUACAUUUUGUUGUCAUGGUUCCAGCUAGAGCUGGUCAAAACAUGGAAAAUAAAAUGGUGAAAAGUGUCAGUAUGAUGUAAUUUUUGGUCUAUAGGUUUUGGAAGGGAAAACAUCUUUUGUCUAUUUUUUUUCAAUAAAAAACCUCAGUUUAGAAUAUUGGGGGGGGUUCCUUCCUAUUUUGGGGGGAGGUUUGGUGUUUCUCCCCUCUUUUCCUACCCCCCCCUUUCUCCCUUUUCCAUUUUACCACUCAGAAAGGGUUUGUUUUAAAGGUUAAUCCAGUAUGUAUUGUAUCAACUUGAAUUAGGAAACAAGUAUUUGAGAUUUCUACUUACCACUGCAACAGGCAAACUGGUGAAAACCUACAGUCAGUGGAAUCUUAGGAAGGUUCUUGUACAGAUAACUAAAUAUUCACAUGUAUCCUCAAUUUUCAGAAACCCACUUUCAUUAAAUCACAAUUCUAAGGUGAAAUUAUUAUUUAUUGUAUCAGAUUAUUUUGGCUAG